AUGUCAGCCCAUGCAUCGCGAGCCUACUUGAUCACCGCGGAGGCAAAAAACGGCUGGUACGGCGGCAAGGAGUCUUGGAAGCCGCUUGGCCUGUUGGAGCAGUAUGAUGGUGCCUACCCCGCAAGGUGGCCCGAGCCUGUGAUCGACUUCUGCCUAAUUGAUGGCGGCCACUCCUACUACUUGGCUAAGCGCGACUGGCUGACGAUGCGCACCGCCUGCCGCGUUGUGGCCUUCCAUGACAUUGUCAACCAUGCCGUGGGAAUGGCAGAGCAGCCGCAGCUUUGGAAGGACCUCACCAAUGCGUCGCACGUGCGGUAUGCCGCCGAAUUCACCUCGACGGAGUGCACGGAUCAGCCGGGCUCCGGCGCCCUGAUGGGUAUAGGCAUCCUAACCAUGGGCGCGCCUGCACACGGCGAGCGUGGCAGGCGCCCAGCCUGCGUCGGCAGCGCGCAAGCUACCUCAUACCCCCGAACCCGCGGAGGCGGAGACUGCUGCGUCGUGCAUGCUGGCAAGGUCGCGCGCGUUGGGUCGUGGUUGGGUCGUUCGAGUCAGUGA